GUUGACAAAUUUUAAUGUCACUGUUCCAAGGAGGUCGUUUGUUGUGAAGAUUUGUUUUCUGGGAUCUCUUUUCUCUCUCAACAAACAAAUUCUCUCCUCUUUUAUUCUCAUUUCUCUCUCUAAAUUUCUUCCUUUUCAGAGAGAGAGGCCCAGCAGAUCGAAAUCUGCAAUCUUUAGUUGAGUUUGAUGAGGAUCUGAGCUUGUUCAAUGAAAUUUCCAAGCCAUUCCCUUUUGCUAUUUACUUAUUUUCAUUUGAAAGUUUUAAUUAUUUCUCUUCCUUUUUGCUUUUCUUUUUCUUGGUUUAUUUGGCCGUAUUGAGUGAAAAAAUCACUAAAAUUUUACAUGAUUACAAGUUCUUAUUUACUGUGAGACUCACUGUUGGACGAUUGAAUCCAUGAGGGUUUCUUGAGAAGCUGUGAUUCCAGGAUGUGGGUCUGAGGAAUGGGAACGAAAUUGCAUUGCGAAAGCUACCUGCCAGGAUAUUAUUCCAUGAGGGAUCUUAAUGAGGAUUGUAACAGCAGUAGCUGGCCCCUAUUUUAUGGAGACAAAACCUUAACAAAUGGACUGUGUUACAAUUUGUUUGUGCCAAGGACUGUAACAGACAGGAAUCUGGGGUACGAUAAGGAUGCAUUAAAGCAGAAAAUACUUGAACAUGAAGCAAUUUUCAAGAACCAGGUAUAUGAACUCCACCGUCUUUACAGAACUCAAAGGAAAAUGAUGGAAGAAAUAAAAAAGAAUGAACUACAUAAACAUCAGGCAAUGAUGGAACCAUCAUCGUCAUCGUCAAGUCUGCAUGGAGCUCAAAUGCCAUCAGAAGAUGCUCGAAAACGGAAAAUUUUCGGCUUUCCUCUGUUGCAUUCUGGUUAUGGUAGAACAUCUGUUUCGGGGGUUGAAAUUAUUAAUUCUCCUCCGAGUUGUACUUAUGGGAAUAACAAGCACACUGGACACUUUCCGUUCCAUCACGGGUGUUCUCCAAAGGACUCUGAAGCACUUGAUUCAAGACCCUCUAAGAUGAGGAAGAAGUUGUUCGAUCUUCAACUUCCAGCUGAUCAGUAUGUUGAUACUGAAGAUGGGGAGGAAUGCAUACAGGAUGGAAAAGUAUCUGACAUUUUGAGUUAUACACCUAAUGGGGUUCAAAAUGUUGUACCUGAUAGUAGUAGGAAGUUUUUCCUCGGUGGAGAUGAUUCCUCUUCAAGCUCUUGUUUGAGGAGAUCUACUGGGUUAGCUGAUCUAAACGAACCCAUUCUCGUUGAAGAAGUAAUGGCUCCAUCAUCUGUUGAUUUUCCUGGACAUACUUCAAAUGUUGGAGAGACCAAAGGUGUAGGUCUCUCGCCUAAACACAGUGCAGGAUUCGUACAUGUACUGGGAGAAACCAUAAAUAGCAAUAACAGAUCUUUGAUAAAUUCAUCGAUCGAGAGUGAAUUCAAAGAGAGGGGGUGGCUCGCCCAUGUAUACGAAGCAGGAUCCAGUAAAAGUAAUCCGGCUUCUGCACCUAAAGGUCUCCAGAACGAGAAGCUACCUAUACCUUCCCAGCAGUCAAACGUCAUGCUUAAUCAGGCUUGCCAUCCUCCUGGAACAUGUCCAACUGGGCAUAGCAGGGAAGAUCUGUGGAGAGAUAGAAGUCUAGAUCACUCCAAUAAUAACCAUUCAGAACCUGUUGUCACAUCUCGGAUUCCUGGUGCGUACCCAUUUUUGGGUUUUACCGAUUCUUGGUCUCACUCUCUCUCAUCUUCGGCAAAGCCCACAAGUUUCUUUACUCAAAAGAUAAUCCCGUUCUCUGCAUCUAUCAACUCUGCUUCAACAAGCCAAGGAACUUUUGGAGACAAGUCGAAAGUUAAUGCUAGUUCUAAAUUGAACCCGAGCUUGGGAAAUGAUGUAACAUCCCGGAAUGGAUUUCACCAUGGCCCUGUCUCUGGACUCAAAGAACGUGUUCAAUUGCCAUCCGAUGCCAUUGAUUAUUUUAACUGCAGCAAGGGUGAUAAUGUAGCAUUUUACCAUUCUGCUAAUCAAGGAUACGAGAAGUUUCUGAAGGGCUCGACUCAUAUAAAUAGGAAGCCUGUCAUAGAUAUUGACUUAAAUGAGGUAGUUUUGAAGAGCUCAUCAAAUGCGGCAAAUUGUCUGCAAGAUCUCAAUAAGAUGGAAGAAAAAAGUAAGUCAGCUGACGUGUCAACAUGGCCUUGGCUCAAAUCGAAGCUAUCCUACAAAAAUGAGGCUGCAGAUGCUAGUUCAGAACUCUCGGGAAGUUUGGCAAACCUUCAAGCUUCUUCCAUUCCACUGUAUUGCAAGAGCCAAACUGUGAGAGAUCUUAAUCAAAAAUUUCCCCCAACUUUCAUGUCAGCUUCAAGUGAUUGUGAGAUGGUGAACCUACACGGGACUCGGAAUAUCAAGAAAAUUAUGGGGUUUCCCAUUUCUGAAAUCCGGAGUGUUCAUAAACCUGAGCCAUCAUCCCAUUUUUCCACCUCGAGUAUUUGCCCUCCCGAAGGAAAAAAUUCCACAAAUGAAAGAAAAAAUGGAAUAAUAAAUAUUAAUCUAGCUUGUGAGUCGGAUGAGCAGAUAGCAGCAGAACAGAUUGUAGAGAAGGAAAUACAUACAAAAGGUAGCUGUAUGAGAAAUCUAAUUGAUUUAAACUCUUGUAUCAGUGAUGUUGAAGAUCCACCCGCAUCCUCUGUUCCAAGAAACAGUGCCAUUACAAAGACUUCAGUCGAAAUAGAUCUUGAAGCCCCAUUUAUUCUAGAGUGUGAUGAUGACAAUGCACCGUCCAGAGAAGAUAUACAGGUUGAGCCAUCCUUGCUAUCUUCUGAACAUAAAGCCAAACAAAUAGAAGAUGAAGUUGUAAGAAAUGCAGCACAGGCUAUAAUUGCCAUCUCAUCUUUGAGUCAGCAAAUUCUAGCAGAGGAUAACAUUUUCCGUCCGCCUGAAGCUUCAUUGGCAGAACCCCUGCUCUGGUUUGUCGAUGUUAUUUCUUCAUGUGCAGAUGAACUCAAGAGCAAAGAAUUGGAAAUCAGGGAUGGUGCACCAAUUCGUAAUCUUUUUGAGGAGAUAGACGAUUUUGAGGCCAUGACAUUGCGAUUGACACAGACGAAAGAAGAAGACUACAUGCCUAAACCCUUUGUUCCCGAAGUCCAAAAUGUUGAAGAAACACUACCUGAUUCAUUACCAAAUAGAUCUCGAAGGGGUCCCGCAAGGAGAGGAAGGCAGCGAAGGGACUUCCAAAGGGACAUUCUUCCUGGUCUGGCAUCAUUAUCCCGACACGAGAUGACCGAGGAUCUUCAGACAUUUGGAGGCCUGAUGAGAGCUACAGGGCAUCCUUGGAAUUCUGGGUUGCCAAGAAGGAAUAGCACGAGGAACGGGGGUGCUCGGGGGAGGAGACGAACCGUGGUCAAAACAACUCCAACUAUUCCCUCCCCAGUUUGUAAUUCAUUGGUGCAGCAAAUUAACAAAAUUGAAACUAGUUUGGAGGAUAGAAGCCUAACAGGGUGGGGGAAGACAACUAGACGUCCCCGUCGACAAAGAUGCCCUGCAGGUAAUCCUCCUACUGUUGCAAUAACGUGAUAAUGUAAGGCUUUAGGUUUCUUGAUUCGGAAUUCAUCGAGGGAAAUUAGACACCGAAGAACUUGUUGUGCGACAUUCGGGAAUGAGGUCGUGUUUCCUAGAGGAAUUGUCUUUGUAAAUGUCAUGGUAGCUCAUAAUUCGACACUCCAUGUUCGUGUUUGAUUUAUUAUGGAUACAAGAUUGCUUCAAAGAUGUGCAUUUGUCUUCUUGGAGAGCUGAAAUACGUGGAAUGUUUUGUUAGAAGCACCCGUGCCGAAAGCGUGAGAUACAACGUUCCCAGAGCCCUCGACCAGGACUGGAAUUAAUUUGGAACUCAACAUUGAUGUGGAUUUGUACUCGAUGAUACUCGUGCAUUGCGACAAUUAUACUUUCA